AUGGCGUCCAAAGCGCCUGCCUCCAAGGCGGGUAGAGAAAAGAAAAAUUGGCUCAUCAACCUGCUCUAUGUGCGGCAGGAGUUCAAGGAAUGCAUGGAAGUCAUUGAGGAGCAGUUGCGAGAUUCAAAUGGAAUGUGCGAAUAUGCAAUUUACGUGAAGGCCCUCAUCAAGCGGCAAGAAGGGCAGGUCCAGGAGUCGUUACAGCUAUUUCAAGCUGCUACGUGCAUAAGCCCAUUGAACGUGUACAAUCUCAAGCAGAUGGGGCGAAGCCUCUACUUGCUGGGAAAACAUCGUGGCGCAAUAGAGGUCUACGACGAAGCCCAGAAGAUUUCGCCAGAUGAUUGGGAGAUCUGGCACAACAAAGGUCUUUGCCACAUGUACCUCCGACACUAUGAUAGCUCAAUCGAAUGCUUUUCAAAGGCAAAUGCAAUCCAGCGACACGACGUGACCUUCAUGCAGCUUGGAAAGGUGUAUGCUUUGCAAGAGGACUACAAGUCCGCAAUUGACGUUUACACCGAGGCUCUGGAGUUCUCACCUGAGCACGCAGAACUGCUGACAACACUGGGAAUCCUGUACCUCAGGAUGGGUGAAAAUUUCAAAGCCUUUGAUUACUUGGGCAAUGCCCUGACACACGACCCCAAGAAUGCGAAGACUAUCCUAGCAGCAGGUUCCAUCAUUCAGGACCAUUCUGACAUGGAUGUGGCACUGAUAAAAUACCGCGUUGCUGCAGUGCACACACCGAAUUCAGCUCAACUUUGGAACAAUAUUGGCAUGUGCUUCUUUGGCAAAACAAAGUAUGUGGCGGCAAUAGCGUGUCUUAAACGCGCCCUCUACUUGGACCCCUUUGAAUGGAUUAUAUCCUACAAUUUGGGUUUGGUACAUCUCAACACCGGACAGUUUGCGUCUGCCUUUCACUUCUUCUCAGCGAGCAUCAACUUGAAGCCGGACUUUCCAUCUUCUUACAUGUACUUGGCGAUAACUCUUUCCCGAUUGGACGACUUCUCCAACGCAUGCAGUGCCUAUGAGAAGGCCAUCGAAAUGGAUUCCGACCACAUGUUUCACUUAAAUUUCGCGAUAACUCUCUUCAACCAUGGUGAUGUUGCGGAGGCCAAACGACAAUUUGACCUGUUCAACGAUUCAUUCCAGCUGCUGGACGAGGAGCAAAGAAACUCAGAUCCAGAGGUGAAUGAGCAACGACAGUUGCUGCAAAGAGCUGCGCAGACAAUCAUGGUGAAGCGAGCGCUUUGUGUGGGUUGCAACUACCCAAGCAAAGCCUUCGGUUUGGCCGGGGCUGUCAAUGAUGCUUUCCUUAUCGCAGAGACCCUCCAGGCUCAUAUGGGCUUUCGCCACGAGAAUAUCUGUGUGCUGCAUGAUGUGUAUCCGGGGCAGAAGAAGUCAUUGAAGGUGGAACCUGCCAAAUGUCCUACGCGGGUCAACAUUUUGCAACAGUUGCAGCAGAUGGUUCGCCUUGCGCGGCCUGGCGAUGUGCUGUUCUUCUCCUUUUCUGGAUAUGGCCUCCAGGUUGAUGACAUGGACGGCUAUCAGGAUGAGGGAUAUGAUGAAGCCAUCCUCCCAACAGACUUUGUGGAUGGGCGUGAUGGCGACUACAGCGUGAUUUGUACGAACGACAUCCAUGACGUCCUACUGGGUGUCCCAUCGAAUGUGGUCGUGACCGCUGUGAUGGACUGCGAUCACGCAACCACGCUGAUCGAUGUGGGUGGAACUCUGGACGGGUCCUUGGUCAGCGGGCUGAAGUUUAGCAACUUCUGUGGGCUGAAGGCACAUUCGGCAAAAAUGACCCUUGCCAACCACGAGAGGGAUGUUUGGCAGGAAGAGCGUGCCCGUUCGGUGAAAGCACGUCCGCGCUUUCAACCAGUGAUGGAAAUUGACAACCCACGGAAAGGAAGGCUGCCAACACGCCCUGCUAUGUCUCGUUCAUCUGGAAUAGCCUUCUGCUAUUCAGCAGCUGGACACGGGCAAACCGCCAUGGAACUGCAGAUGACUUUACCAGGAGUGGAUGGUCAGGAGCCGACUAUCAAGCAACACGGCGUCUUGUCGUGGUGCUUUGCAAAGGCGUUGGAGGAGCUAAGCUUCGAUGGUACCUACUUCGAGCUCAAAGAGGAAAUCCAGCAGCAGAUGCGUCAUGUCAAAGACAGCGCUCUACCUCGAAUGGACCAGGAGGUGCUGAUGACCUUUGCCGUUCCAUUGUCAAAGCCACGAACCAUGAAGGUUUUGCAACCUCUGGGUUCGAUGCAGACUCCGGACCGGGGCAUCAGCACCCAAAGCAUGCGCUUGGCGGCGCCAGCCGUGGUGCCGCCGCCUCCUCCAGGAUUCCUGGCAGGUGGAAGCGCGAUUGCAUCGCGGCAACCAUCAGAAGAUGCUCCAUCUGUGCACGCACGGCCACCGUGGUCGGAUCUUGUGCAUCAUAAUGUGGAGGGUCGCGAAGGAUCAUUCAAAGUGCAAGGAGUGAGCUAUACUCCUCAGCGAGAUGUUAAUGGACAUAGACCGCCUGUGCCCAACAGCUCAGCUCCAGCGGAUCUGCUUGACAAGACCCAACCAAAUGACCGCAGGUGCCAGGCUCGUCACGCAGACAGCUUUGGUCAACGCUCCGACCCGGGGCAGCGACAGUUGCCUGAGCCGCCGCCGCCGCCGCCGCUGAGGUCGCAGCCUGGAAAACCACCGGAUGUGGCUAAUUGGCCACAGCCUGGAAAGGCACCGGACGUGGCUAACUGGCCAUCACCCAGAUCGCCUACUCACGGAAAUCACACGCCACGCCACCAAACAAAGCACUCUCAAUAUCCUGGGCAGCCUCGGGUUGAGAUGGAGCCUGGCAUGCCACUUGCAGGCCUAACAGCUCCAAACUUGUUCAGUGGAGCUGGUCCGCCUUCGUUGAGUUUUAGAGUGCCAGGCUUUGGAACAUUGGCACCGUCACAGGCGAUGGACAAGCCUCCACCGCCACAGCCGCCAUGGUCAUCUCCUCUCUUCACGAACUAA